UUGAGUCAGAAGCAUCUUAUCAGUUAUUCAAUGUUUAGAGAUAAAAAGUUACAUAGACAAAACUGUUAUAGUACAUACAUGUUAUAACUUAUAAGACAACAAUUCAACUAAAUACAAGCUCAAAAAAUAAGUUUUACAAAUAAUGCGACUACCGAAAUUCUCGCUGAAACGUUGCUUCAUUUUCAUCGUCGUAUUCUGCGCUCUUUUAAUAUUCGUGAUAAAUUUGAGAGAGAAAGAACUUUGGAAUAACAAAAUUCCAGGUACAACAGCGCAUCAACAGGGCCACCGAAACUACUUACAAGAUAACAAUGUUGAAAAACCAGAAUCGUUUGAUAUUUAUGAUAGUCAACCAAUUUCCUCUCAAACAACAUCACGUCCUAAUCCAGAAGAGGUUGAAGAAAAUGAAAGUGAAGGAAAAGAAAAGAUUGAGUCAGACUACGAUGACGAUGUGUUGUCGACAAGGCCAUGGUAUUUCACUAAUGGAGAACGUUAUCCAAAACCAGCGCGAAUUAACAAGAAAACAAAGAAAAGACUGGCAAAGAUGAUUCCUAGCGAAGAUCCUCGAAGUGAUCGAAUUACAAAUCAACUCAUGUUUGUGCCUAACAAUUAUGACGAAAUACGAAGCGAAGGCAAGCUAAAAACUAUCCUGCUUUACAAUGGUCUGGGGCCGUGGAAUGUUAAACAAGGUCGAUCUCUGUUCUUAAAUGCCAAAUGUCCCGUUGAUACAUGUCAAAUCACACCAAAUCGUGAUCGCGCAAAAGAUGCUGACUUGGUUCUAUAUAAAGAUCAUUACAUACCAAGUGGAAUAUCGAAACAUUCCAGACAACUUUACAUGUUAUACUUUCUUGAAUGUCCUUAUCAUACACAGCAUAUCAAGUUUCCAGAUGUUUUUAAUUGGACUUCAACUUAUCGUCGUGAUUCAGACAUUGUGGCACCAUAUGAGAAGUGGGAAUAUUUUGAUCCACGUGUUCGACAAAUCGAACAAGAUCGCAAUUAUGCAUUGAACAAAACAAAAAAGGUGGUGACAGUCGCAUGGUUUGUCUCCAAUUGUUCUGCACGCAAUAAUCGUUUACAAUUUGCUCAUGAUCUUGGAAAAUACAUCCAAGUUGAUAUUUAUGGGGCAUGUGGUAAUUUCAAAUGCUCACGAACGACAGCAGACAAAUGUUUUGAUAUACUUGACCGUGAUUACAAAUUCUAUUUAGCAUUUGAAAAUUCAAAUUGUCGCGAUUACAUCACAGAAAAAUUCUUUGUGAAUGGUCUUUCAAGGAAUACUUUACCAAUUGUUAUGGGUGCACGACCUGAAGAUUACGAAUUAAGUUCACCACAACGAAGCUACAUUCAUGUCGAUGAAUUUGGAUCAGCUAAGGAACUUGCAGAUUAUCUUCAUCUGCUUGACAGAAACGAUGAACUUUAUAAUUCAUAUUUUAAAUGGAAAGGCACUGGGGAGUUUAUCAACACAUAUUUUUGGUGUCGUGUUUGUUCGAUGUUACACGAUGAAGACUCAAUAAGCCAACCGAAAUGGUACGAAGAUGUCAAUGACUGGUGGCGUGGCCAAGGAGUUUGCACAAAUGGCUCGUGGAGGAAAUUUCAAGCUCGAAAAGAUGUUAUGCUAGACGAAUAGUUUUUUGUUAUUAUUUUUGUUACAAUUUUAGCUUUAAGUUUCUGAAGAAAGUUUCCUUAGACAGCUAACCUUAGGGAGAUGUCUGAUCGACAUUUAAUUCACCUUUCUUUUUAGAGAGGGUUGAAAAUAUUUUUAUUAAGAACAAAGUAUUAAAAAGGUUGAGAUUCAAGGCUUUUACCAUGGAAAUCUGAUUGAGAUACUUAGAAAUCGCGCUGAGAUUUCAUUUUAUUAUCAUUUUCCUUCGUGAUUUUUAUCUCACUCUUAACUUACAAGUUUUAAAUUAUAUUUAAAAUGAUCAAAUGCACAUCUUUGAAAGUGAACACUCCCAAGGUAGUUGACAUAAAAAUUUCUCACUUUAUCUCUAAGAUAUUUAAUCUCCAAAGUAAUGCAAAGACGAUUAAAUGAGAAAAGAAAACUUAAAUCUCUAGUCAACUUACAAAUUCAAGUAUUAAAGAAAGAGAGAAAGAGAUAUAUUAAGGAAAGAAGAAGAAAAAUCAAUUAGUUUAUUUAAUAUUCAUCAGACAAUAGAUUGACAUGAAUACGCGCACAUCCGUCUCAUGACUUAAGGACGAUAAAAUUAAUUUCAUUUAAUUUCAUUUUAAAUCUGUGAUAAUUUUAUAAGUUUUUCGAUGUAUUUUAGUUCCUUGUCAUAAGAUUUAUUUUUUUGUCAGAGUUACUUACAAACAGCAUUAUACAAUAAUAACAGCACACAUGCAAGAUGAUUGUCUUUGAGGCAUUAUAAUAUUGCAUCACGACACGAAGCAGAAACGAAAAGACGAAAACAAAAAGUUAGAUAUUCAUGUUGUACAAAAAUUGAAGGUUAAAUAGCACAAAUAAUAUCUAAAUAGGGAAGAAUAUUUACUUCAUUGUUAUAUUCCUUCUUUUCGCAUUCGUCCCUUCCAUGAUUAAAAGUAAAAUAAUGUGCAUGCGAGUCGACGUUGAAGGAAUCAAGGAUAUUUAUUGAUGAAGGAAAACCUUCUCCUUCUUCUUCUUCUUCAGCUUUGUUUUCUUCUUGUUAUAAUUUUUUUUCCCUUUAUAUUUAAAAGGAUCGACUUCGAGUCGUUUUAAUGGAAUCCAUAAUUUAUAGCAGAAGGAAGAAAAGGUGAAGCAGAAGAAAAAUAUGCAUUGAGUUUUGAAAGAAUGAUUUGUCAUUGUGUAAGUGUAUUUAUAAAAGAUGUAGUGACUUAAAUAAAGCAUAAAGACAUUUGAUACAAAUCGGAGA